AAAUAAGAACAUACUUAUAAAUCAGUAGAUGACAUAUUCAUGAUUGUGGAAAUUAUAUGUAUUAAUUUGAUAGGCGUAAUUUCAAUAUAAGAUGCUCUUGCUCUUAUUCUUACUAGUCAAAGAUAAUAGGUGGUACAGUACUUUGUACUACAUAUAAGUGGAAGUUGCUUGGUGAAAAAAAAAAAGGAAAAAAAAGCACAUUACUCAUAAAAAUAAUGUAAGAUGUAAUAAUGAAGUACACAAUGUGAUUAAAAUUUAUGUGAAUGGAAUGCAUUACUGUUAUGUAGUACAUACAAUGACGUAUAGACGUCAAAAGAAUAUAAAGUACUUAUUUUUUUUUCAUUGUUAUCAUGGGUUCCAGAUUGAGGGACAAUGUACAACAUCUUUUUGAAUGUUUCUGUGAGAUAGCCGCACCAUUAGGAGAAAAACCACCUUGGAUAUUACAAAAAUAUCCAACUUCUUUUUUAGAUGAAGAAAUACUUAAAUCUGUCCCUAAAUUUGCAUAUCCAUGUGAAAUUGAAAAUGUAAUGGUGCAGCAUUUUUCAUUUGUGCUCACCAGUAUAGAUUCUAAAUGGACCUUUGGAUUUUGUAGACAUGAUCCUAAGACAGAUACAGCUUUAGUAAUUUUAAGUGCACUUCCAUGGCAUGAAAUAUUUUACAAAUUUUUAAAUAAUAUUGCAACUUUAAUGAGUAAUGGUACUGGAGAAGAACUAUGGAAAUUUCUUGAAACUGUAUAUAAAAGUCCAGUUCCCAUUCCUGGUAGUUCUAUCUCUAUUCCUGUACCAAAUUCUAAAGUGAAUUUUGUUUGCCAAAGUCCAAAACAAUUUCAAUUACCAAGUAUACCUGAAAAUAGAAAUUUGACCGAAUAUUAUAGUGCAGUUGAUGCUCACAAUAUGAUGAUUAUAUUUGCUUCUAUGUUGUACGAACGUCGAAUUAUUUUCACUUCAAAACGCCUUUCAAGAUUGAGUGCUUGUGUUCAAGCAUGCAAUGCUUUAAUUUAUCCUAUGAUUUGGCAACAUAUAUAUAUCCCAGUUUUACCAUUAUCGCUAAUUGAUUAUUUAUUGGCACCGAUGCCGUUUUUAAUUGGAGUACCUACUCCAACACUUCAGAGAGUACAUAAAAGUGACUUAGGAGAAGUAGUUAUAUUAGAUGCGGAUGUUAAUAUUAUAGACUCUCCAUUUCAAGAUUUGGAAUCUUUACCUCAGGAUGUAGUGACAAACUUGAAAAAGGCAUUACGUAAUAGAUCCGCCUUACUCGGAGACGGUGUAUCAAGGGCAUUUUUACGAGCGUUAGUGCAAUUAACAGCUGGUUAUAGAGAUGCAUUAACAUUAGAACAAGGACAAAGCAUUACUUUUAAUCAGAAUGCAUUUGUAGAAAGUAGACCAUCGUCGAUGCAACCUUUUUUGCGAAAAAUGUUGGAAUUACAAAUAUUUCAACAAUUUAUAGAAGAAAGACUGAAUAUGCUUAAUUCAGGACUUGGUUUUUCUGAUGAAUUUGAAAUGGAGGCUUGCAGUUAUUCUGCUAAAUCUGGUAGCAAAUUUAUGCAGCAAUAUCGAGAAUGGACUUAUAAUAUGCGAAAAGAAAGCUCUGCAUUUUUCCGCAGUGUAAAAGACAAGGUAAAAGAUAAAGGGAAAGAUAUGAAAACGGUAUAUAAAGGAUUAAAAUGGAAAGGACGAUCAAACAGAAGUGAAACAAGUCUGAGAUUCCAUCAACCAAGAUCAGCGCCUAGUUCACCUACAUCGGAUCGAAGACCUAUUGAUUUUUCAUCACCGCCAAAAUCUCCAAAUGGUUUUACUGCUACUUCUAGUUAUAGAAAAGAUCUUCGAAUACGUAAUAGUAAUUUCACCGAUUCAAGUAGAAAACAAUAUUCACCAUUAAGUCCUAGUUCACCAGAAGAAUCUGAUUUUCCGCCAGAAAGAGUAAAUAUUGAUUUGAUGCAAGAACUCCGUCAUGUAAUAUUUCCGAACACACCUCCCGUUGAUAGAACAUUGAAACCAGUACGCAGUUUAGACAGCUUGAGACCUGCAUGGAGUGGGCAUAUACGGCACGGCCCUCCACCUAGUACAAUUAUUACAAAUCCAACUGUUACUUCUUCUAUAAAAACUACAUCCUGUAGUUCAUAUUCCACUGUUGUCAUUACUUCAGUUGAUCAAUCAAAUUCUUUGCUAAAUAUCAAUGAUAUAUCAAACUCUCAAAUUAAUGAAAAUAAUAAAAUGUUUUCAUUCAAUACUUUGGUCUCGAAACCAAAUAAAUCAAAAGAAGAAAGCGAAGAAUCAUCGCUUUUAUCUGUUUCACAAAAAUGUAUUGAUAACAUUCAAUCAAAUAACUUUUCAUCUGAAAUUCUUAAAAAUGAAUUUACAAAAUAUGAUGCUUCAUUAUAUUCCCGAAAAAUAAAUAUGAAUCAAUGUAAAAAUAAUUUUGAAAGAUCAACUAAAAACUCUACAUUUUAUACUGAUAAUAUUUUUCCAAAUUAUAAUUCUGACUUCUAUUUAAAAGAAAAUGAUCCUUUUGAUACCAGUAAAGUGUUUAUGCCUUCCUAUUUGCAACCGGUCUUUCAAACUACAAAUGCAUCGUUAUCUGUUAAUUGUCACGUUCCAUCCCAUGCAUACAAUAAUACAUCUUGUUCUACAUAUUCAAAGGUUUCUCCUGAAGUGCCAGAUUUAAUUAGAUUAGAUUCGACAACAAGUACUGAAGAUUUUGAUCCACUACUUUCUAAAUCAUCUGAAUUUACGAAUACCAAACAAAUGACUCAAUCAUUGCAUAUACCUGAGAUGGGAGAAGGACUUAGUAAUCCAUUAUAUCCUUAUUUUCAACCAUUGCACAAAAAUAAUGAUGAACAACAAAAAUCUUCCGAUAAUGCCGGCGAUAUGGAUUUAUUGCAAGCGUAUGGUUUGGAUUUUAAUAAAUUUAGUAUAAGUAACGGUGAUUCACCGUCAAAAAAUUCUACAGUAUGCAACACAUCCGAAAGCAGUAUUAAUAUCGAUAGUACAUUCAGUUUAACACUGAAUACACCUGCCAUUAAAUCACAAAAUAAUUGGACAAAAUUUGAAUAGGUAAUAAAUUUAAUUAUUAUUCACAUAUCAUAAUUAUAUAUGUAUAUAAUGUUAAUAUUGUUUUUUUUGUUAUUCAUACAUAAAUGUAUUAUCGAAUGCCUACAGGAACAUAGUUAUGAAUAGAAGUUUACAGUAAAAUGGUAAAUGAAUUGUAAUAUCGUAGCCAUUAAUAAAAUGAAAUAGAAUGACUUGGCUUUGUAGCACAAAUAUAGUAUCUUAUACAUUUGUAUCGAGAAAUGACAGAAUAAGAUUUGUAAUAUUUUCCAACUUGAUUUUGUGUAAUUUCUAAAUUAUUAUUUCUUUAAUUAUAAUUGUAAAUUUAAUAAUAAAUGAAAUGAAGUUU